ACCCCACGACCAAAUUAAACCAAUAAGCUGCAACCGCCAGCGCACACGGGGGAGAUGGGGAGAGCACCCUGCUGCGACAAGGCGACGGUGAAGAAGGGGCCAUGGUCGCCGGAGGAGGACGCGAUGCUCAAGAGCUACAUCGAGGAGCAUGGCACCGGGGGCAACUGGAUUGCGCUGCCACACAAGAUAGGGCUGAAGAGGUGCGGCAAGAGCUGCCGGCUGAGGUGGCUCAACUACCUGAGGCCCAACAUAAAGCACGGCGACUUCACCCCGGAGGAGGACGGCGUCAUCUGCAGCCUCUACAUUAGCAUAGGGAGCAGGUGGUCCAUCAUCGCCGCGCAGCUGCCGGGGAGGACGGACAACGACGUGAAGAACUACUGGAACACCAAGCUGAAGAAGAGGCUCCUGGGGCGGCGCAAGGACCACCGCCACCACCACCACAGCGCGGCCGAUGCGGCGGCCACCGGCGAGAGCACGAACGACGGUGAGCCGGCGGCGGCGCUGAGCGCGUCGGCCAUGGAGAGGAUCCAGCUCUGCAUGCAGCUGCAGUCGACCCACCACCAGCACCACCCCUUGCCCCUCAUGUGGCCUGGAUGCAACGUCGUCAGUGGGAGCGGCGUUGCCAGUACUCAGAGCAACAACAGCUUCAACAGCAACGGCAGCAGCAGCAGCGUGACAGUAGCCGAACAAGGGCAGCUGAUGAACGACCAGCAGCACCUCAUGACUGCGCAGCUGGAGGCGGGUGCUGCUGCUGCUGCCGCCAUAGACAACGGCCUCGCCGCCUCGCCGUCGAGCGCGGAGAACUCCAACAUCAUCGUCAGCAUGGAGGCCGAGCUCCAAGAGCUGCUCUACGGCGGUGCUGCUGAUGACGGCAGCCGAGGAGGGAAGGCCGUGGACGGCGGCGGCGGCGUAGUGCAGCAGGUGGAUGUUGCGGAGUGGUGGAGCUAUGACGACCAGCAGGGGAAGUCGUCGUCGUCGCCGGUGGCGGUGGGUUGCUGGGACUUCACCCCUGAACCCAACACGGCGUUCCUGGACUACGCGUCGGUCUACGACAUCUGAUAGCUUGGUCGGAGCCGUGAAGAACGAAGCUGUGAAUUAAGUUAGAGAGGUGAUACAUAGUAGGGAUUUGUCUACGUACAACGACAUAAACUGGACUAAGCUAGCAUCUCGUAUAAGAAACUCCUAUCUAGCAACAUGUAAGGGGUAAAUUGAUUAAAUAAAUAAAUGUACUUAAAUACACCUGCCACAGCCUAGCUAUUAGCUUGGCAUGUUUCGGACAAAGAACAGAGACAAGGGACCUAUAUCAUGCUGACAGAACAAGUCAAGUUAAUUAGCGAAGUUGUUUAAUUAGGCUGCUUUUGUUG